AAAAAAAAAAAAGAAUUCCGUGAGCGGCAGGAUUCGAACCUGCGCGGGCAAAGCCCACAUGAUUUCUAGUCAUGCCCGAUAACCACUCCGGCACGCCCACUUUUGAUAGCGUCACCACUUUCUUACAAUAUAGCUUACUAAGUCAGUAACCAUUUAUUACACAGAGCCCAAAUGAUCGCUGCGACUGCGAGUGUGUGUGUGUGACGUAAAACCCUAAAUUUGGGGUCUUUGUGCAAUCGCAAGAUUCAUAGGCUCUCUGCGCCACUAAAGAUUGAAUCCUCUAAAUUGCAGAAAUGGCGGCAGCUUUAGCUUCCAGGCUCUCCAAAGGACGUUCAUUGCUUGGAGGUCUUUGCAAUGCUUUCUCUGGUUUGAUGAGUUCCUCCAAUGGAAUGAUGAAUGGGAGCAUCCUCUCUCAGCAACAACAUAGGUCAUUCAUUCAAAUGGGGACGAUUCUCAAAUCUGUGGAUAACUCGGGUGCUAAAGAAGUGAUGUGCAUUCAAUCCCUGAGAGGUAAGAAAGGAGCAAGACUUGGCGAUAUCAUUGUUGGUUCAGUGAAAGACGCCAUACCAAAAGGUAAAGUGAAGAAAGGGAUGGUCGUGUACGGUGUGGUUGUGCGUGCUGCGAUGCAGAAAGGACGUGCUGAUGGAAGCCAAGUCAGGUUUGAUGACAAUGCCGUUGUAGUUGUGGGCAUUAAGGAAAAGAAGAAGAAGAAUUCGGAUGGUUCCAAGAGAAAAUUUGAGUAUAACCAACCGACUGGUACUCGAGUGUUUGGUCCUGUCCCCCACGAGAUGCGCCUCAGGAAACAGCUCAAGAUCCUUACUUUGGCUCAGCACAUUGUUUGACGACACUACAUCACACUAAAACACCAGUUAUUAUGAUCUCCUUAAUGUGACUCUGAUCCAUUCAUCACUUGGGGUUUCUGUUUGAUUCAUAAACUAUUCAACUCAUUAUUUUUGUUAAAUUCUAAAGAAUUAUGAGACCUUAACCUACCAAUUGUGAUCUCUUAUUUAGGCUCGUUUCGGUCGUUAAACUC